CCUCCUCCUCCCCCCCCCCCCACCCCGCGGGCACCUGGAGCCUUCCUCCCCCGCCUCCUCCUCGUGGAUGCGCUGGGGCCGCGGCGGCCGCGCGGGGCCGGGGCGGCGGGGGCAUGGCGGCCCCGGACAGCUGUGUCAAGGUGGCGGUGAGGAUCCGUCCCCAGCUGUCCAAAGAGAAAAUCGAGGGAUGCCACAUCUGCACCUCUGUGACACCCGGAGAGCCUCAAGUGCUUCUGGGGAAGGACAAGGCCUUUACCUAUGACUUUGUCUUUGACCUGGACACUUGGCAGGAGCAGAUCUACACGACGUGCGUGGGCAAGCUCAUCGAAGGCUGCUUCGAGGGCUAUAAUGCCACAGUGCUGGCAUAUGGCCAGACUGGUGCAGGGAAGACAUACACCAUGGGCACUGGCUUCGAUAUGAAUGUCUCCGAGGACGAACAGGGCAUCAUUCCACGGGCCAUCGGCCAUCUCUUCAGCGGCAUUGAAGAGCGCAAGCGAGCUGCGCAGAGUCAGGGCAUGGCAGCCCCCGAGUUCAAAGUCAGCGCCCAGUUCCUGGAGCUGUACAAUGAGGAGAUUCUGGACCUGUUUGACAGCACCCGUGACCCUGAUGCACGCCACCGCAAAUCCAACAUCAAAAUCCAUGAGGACGCUAGUGGGAGCAUCUACACCACGGGAGUCACGUCACGCCUCAUCAGCUCACAGGAUGAGCUGAUCCAGUGCCUGAAGCAGGGGGCUCUUUCCCGCACCACUGCCAGUACCCAAAUGAACGUGCAGAGCUCCCGAUCCCAUGCCAUCUUCACCAUUCACCUGUGCCAGAUGAGAGUGUGUGCCCGCCCGGAGAUGGUGAACGGGGAGGUGACUGGACUCCCAGAUGGAGCCCAGCCCACCACUGAGUACGAGACCCUCACAGCCAAGUUUCACUUCGUCGACCUGGCCGGCUCAGAGAGGCUGAAGCGAACGGGUGCUACAGGAGAGAGAGCAAAAGAAGGCAUCUCCAUCAACUGCGGGCUGCUGGCCUUGGGGAAUGUCAUUAGUGCCCUUGGAGACCAGAGCAAGAAAGUUGUGCACAUUCCCUACCGUGACUCCAAGCUCACUCGCCUGCUGCAGGAUUCCCUUGGAGGCAACAGCCAAACCAUUAUGAUCGCCUGUGUGAGCCCAUCUGACCGGGACUUCAUGGAGACCCUGAACACACUCAAGUAUGCAAACCGGGCUCGCAACAUCAAGAACAAAGUGGUGGUGAACCAAGACAAGACAAGCCAGCAGAUCAGUGCCCUGCGGGCUGAGAUUGCUCGUCUCCAGAUGGAGUUGAUGGAGUACAAGGCGGGCAAGCGGGUCAUCGGGGAGGAUGGCUCAGAAGGCUACAGUGACCUUUUCCGUGAGAAUGCCAUGCUCCAGAAGGAGAACAACACACUGCGCAUGCGUGUGAAAGCCAUGCAGGAGGCCAUUGAUGCCAUCAACAGCAGAGUCACGCAUCUCAUGAGCCAGGAGGCUAACUUAAUGCUGGCCAAGGCAGGCGACGGUAAUGAAGCCAUCGGUGCCCUGAUCCAGAACUACAUUCGGGAGAUUGAAGAGCUGAGGACCAAGCUCCUGGAGAGCGAGUCCAUGAAUGAGUCGCUGCGUCGCAGCCUCUCACGCGUCUCUGCCAGGCCACCCUACUCCAUGGGCUCAUCCCCAGCAUCUGGCUUAGCUGGCCUGAGCAGUCCUGCUGCUUCGGUGGAGACAGAGGCCUCUGACGUCCUCCAACGGGCCAAACAGGACCUGGAGCGUCUGAAAAAGAAAGAGAGGAGGCAGCGGAGGAAGAGCCCUGAGAAGGAAGCAUUUAAGAAGCGGCCGAAGCUGCAGCAGGACAACGGGGAGGAGACGGAUGAGAACGAGGCCGAAGAGGAGGAGGAAGAACAAGAUGAGAGCGGCUGUGAGGAAGAGGAUGUGCGUGAGGAUGAAGAUGAGGACUCCGGGAGCGAAGAGAGCCUGGUAGACUCAGACUCAGAUGCAGAGGAGAAGGCUGUGAAUUUCCAAGCCGACCUGGCGGAUCUGACGUGUGAGAUAGAGAUCAAGCAGAAGCUGAUCGACGAGCUGGAGAACAGCCAGCGGCGUUUGCAGACCCUCAAGCACCAAUACGAGGAAAAGCUGAUCCUAUUGCAGAACAAGAUCCGGGACACGCAACUGGAGCGGGACCGUGUCCUGCAGAACCUCAGCACCAUGGAGUGCUACACAGAGGAGAAAGCCAACAAGAUCAAGGCAGACUAUGAGAAACGAUUGAAGGAGAUGAACCGGGACCUGCAGAAGCUCCAGGCAGCCCAGAAGGAGCACGCUCGACUGCUGAAGAACCAGUCUCGCUAUGAACGGGAACUGAGGAAGCUCCAGGCAGAAGUGGCUGAGAUGAAGAAGGCGAAGGUUGCACUGAUGAAGCAGAUGCGGGAGGAACAGCAGCGGAGGCGGCUGGCGGAGACUAAGAGGAAUCGGGAGAUUGCUCAGCUCAAGAAGGAGCAACGCCGGCAGGAGUUUCAGAUCCGGGCUUUGGAGUCUCAGAAGCGGCAGCAGGAAAUAGUAUUGCGAAGGAAAACACAGGAGGUCUCGGCUCUGCGCCGUCUCGCCAAGCCCAUGUCGGACCGAGUCGCAGGCAGGAUGAGCCAGAAGCCGGCCAUGCUGGACUCCGGCGCGGAGGUCUCAGCCAGCACCACCUCUUCAGAGCCUGAAUCCGGGGCUCGCUCAGUCUCCAGCAUCGUGCGCCAGUGGAACCGGAAAAUCAAUAACUUCUUGGGAGACCCCUCGCCCUCCAUGAAUGGGGCUCGGCCUGCCAGGAAGAAGUUCCCUAAGAAGGGGACGAGCCAGACCUUCAGCAAGGCUGCCCGCCUCAAAUGGCAGUCUCUGGAACGGCGCAUUUUCGACAUUGUCAUGCAGAGAAUGACCAUCGUCAACCUGGAGGCUGACAUGGAGCGGCUCAUCAAGAAACGGGAGGAGCUGGCACUGCUACAGGAGGCAUUGCUAGGCAAGAGGACAAAACUGCAGGCAGAGAGCCCCAAGGAGCAGAAAGGUCUGCAGGAGCUGAAUGAGGAGAUUGAGGUGCUGGGGGCCAACAUAGACUACAUCAAUGACAGCAUUUCUGACUGCCAGGCUACCAUCAUGCAGAUUGAAGAGACCAAGGAAGAGCUGGAUUCCACUGACACCUCGGUGGUGAUCAGCUCCUGCUCCCUGGCUGAAGCUCGGCUCCUGCUGGAUAAUUUCCUGAAGGCUUCCAUUGAUAAGGGGCUUCAAGUGGCACAGAAGGAAGCCCAGAUCCGCCUACUGGAGGGGCGCCUGAGGCAGACAGAUGUGACCGGCUCGUCACAGAACCACGUGAUCCUGGAUGCCCUGCGUGAGAAGGCGGAGUCGCAUCCCGAGCUGCAAGCUCUGAUCCACAACGUCCAGCAAGAGAAUGGCUACACCAGUACGGAUGAGGAGGUCUCCGAAUUCAGCCUGGCUUCGGAUGGGAGCUUCUCCCAGUCUUUCAGCAUGAAGGGCUCAGCCAGCCAGGAUGACUUCAAGUUCAAGGGAGAGCCCAAGCUCUCAGGACAGAUGAAGGCAGUGUCAGCCGAGUGUCUAGGACCCACGCUGGAUAUCUCCACCAAGAACAUCACCAAGUCCUUGGCAUCCCUCAUGGAGAUCAAAGAGGAUGGGAUCAGCUUCUCUAUCCGAGACCCUUACUACAAGGAGAAAGUGUCCCGCACCAUCAGCCUGCCUACGCGAGGAAGCACCUUUCCCAGGCAAUCUCGUGGCUCAGACACCUCACCUCUGACAAGGAGGAAAUCCUAUGACCGUGGGCAACCUGCCAGGCCUCCAGAUGUUGGCUUCACACCUCCCUCAUCCCCACCUACCCGCCCACGCAACGAUCGCAACGUCUUCUCUCGUCUGACGAGCAACCAGAGCCAGGGGUCUGCCUUGGACAAGUCUGAUGACAGCGAUUCCUCUGUCUCGGAGGUGCUGAGGGGCAUCAUUAAUCCAGUGGGUGGCACCAAGAAUGCUCGGACAGCCCCCCUGCAGUGUGUCUCCGUGGCAGAAGGACACACCAAGCCUGUGCUCUGUGUGGAUGCCACCGACGAGUUGCUUUUCACUGGGUCUAAAGACCGGAGCUGCAAGAUGUGGAACCUGGUGACGGGCCAGGAGAUUGCUUCCCUCAAGGGUCACCCGAACAAUGUGGUUUCCAUCAAGUACUGCAGCCACACAGGGCUGGUGUUCACCGUGUCUACCUCAUACAUCAAAGUGUGGGACAUCCGGGACUCAGCCCGGUGCAUCCGCACCCUCACAUCUUCUGGCCAGGUGAUCUCUGGGGAUGCGUGUGCCGGGACCACCACCCGCACUGUCACCGGUGUGCAGGGCGAGCACCAGAUCAACCAGAUCGCUCUCAAUCCUACCGGCACCAUGCUCUACGCAGCCACUGGCAACUCUGUCCGCAUCUGGGAGCUAAGCAGGUUACAGCCAAUCGGGAAGUUGAGUGGCCACAUCGGGCCCGUGAUGUGUCUCACGGUAAACCAGACUGCAAGCAACCACGACCUGGUGGUCACAGGCUCCAAAGAUCACUACGUCAAGGUGUUUGAGAUCACGGAGGGUAUGGUGGGCAACAUCGGCCCCACACACAACUUUGAGCCCCCUCACUACGACGGCAUUGAGUGCCUGACCAUCCAGGGAGACAUCCUCUUCAGUGGCUCCAGGGACAACGGCAUAAAGAAGUGGGAUCUGGAGCAGCAGGAACUUAUCCAGCAAAUCCCCAAUGCACACAAAGACUGGGUCUGUGCCCUAGCCUUCAUCCCCGGCCGUCCCAUGGUGCUGAGUGCCUGCCGCGGAGGCAUGAUCAAAGUCUGGAAUGUGGACACCUUCACCCCAGUUGGGGAGAUCAAAGGGCAUGACAGCCCCAUCAACGCCAUCUGCACCAACUCAAAGCACAUCUUCACUGCCUCCAGUGACUUGACAGUGAAGCUCUGGAGUGGGAGGCGAUUACCUACUGGAUCAAACUAGGAGCUGCGAAAAGACUGGAAAAAGUAACAGGAGAGCGAAGGUCCUAGUCCCUCUGCCUCACUACUAAGACCUAAUUGUCUACAAGAUUUCAGCCCAGGGAGGGGAAUUUCUUUGUGCCUGAUCCCACAGGAUGGAUGAUGUCCCAUCUGGUAUUUUGUGCACUGCCAGCUUCCAUGAGGAAGCAGCUUUGUGAGGCACUGUCAGUUCCCCUUUACCUCCUGCUGCAGUAUCUUGAUGGCUUUCCAGUGACCAGGAAAUGUUUCAACUCCCUUCUCACUCACCCUGCUGUAACAUUUGCUGGGAUUUCUGGGGGUCAGAUUCCAGGCUAAGCUCCUUGACUCCUUCUCAGACACAUCAGUUUCCCUUCUGUUCACCAUGGGUUCAUGCUGCCUUUGUCAUAAUCUGUGCUCCUUCAGUUCCUGUGGGCUCCAGGGCUAGUUCCUGCAGCAGUCUAUCUCCACUCCACAGUCUCAAGGCUGAAUGGGUUUUGCUGGCCAGGACCACGGCAGAAAGGGGGUUGAGUGUGGUGCCCAUAGACACCCAUCCCAUCAUUGCACUGAGGGCUGCUUCUCUGGAGAAGUUACUCAUGGGACAGCUUCUGUGUGGUAGCGGAUCUGCAGAAGAGUGUCCAGGUAGAUCCAUUCCCCCCAGAAUCAAUGGUUCUGCUGGCCUCAAUGGUUGGAGAUGUGCAUUUGACUCGGCUCCCUGAGCUUCUUGGCUGUGGCCUAGCUUUGGACACAAGGAGUACAGUAAGCCUGGGAAAAUCUCCCUUGGACAACUUCAAGACUAAUUUGCUGCAAGUUCCCUUCAAGUUCUCCAAGCCCUAAUCAAAAACUUAGCUGAUCCGUUGUUCUUGAGCUCUUCCCCAUGUGCCCACUCCACUCUGCAAUGUGAAAGGCAAUUGCUGCUUAGCCCUGCUCCCAGCACCUUGGGUCUUAGCAAGUGUUUUGUGGUGGGUCCCUGAAACAUUUGAAUCCCCUUGGAGGCUGGAAAUACAAGCAAAAAAAGAAAGUUACUAGGUGAAGAAGGAAAGGCUGGAUUUGACAUCUUCCCCUGCCUCCCAGCUGCCUGUCUUGUUUUGCCACUACUGGGAGGUGAACUUUCCCCAGGCUCUCCUCUAAGCCCCUUCCCAAGGAGGGCACUAGCUCAAGGUUGGCACAUCAGCUCCUCAAGAGCAGAGACCAGGAGGCAGGAUGGGUGCUGUGCAUGGCCGUGUGGGUCUGGGGUCCAGCAGAGUCCAGAGCCAGAGGAUGCCCAGCAAGUGAUGGCUGCAGCUGGAGGACAGGUGUGAGUCGUCUGUGCUUGGAGCAGGGGAGGAAGGGAUUGCACAUACUAGUCUUGCACAAGGCCCCUGAUUCACCCUGUGCUUGAAGGACAAACCUGCAGGGUCUGCAUCCCCUGUGAAUGAUCUCACACAGUCCAGCUUCCACAAAAGGCUGGGGGCUCCUUUCAGGAGUAUGUUUACCAGAGGACAUCGCCACUGUUCUCCCUUCCUCCCAUUCAAGGGGUCAGCAAGGUCCUUCUCUCACACUGGCACUUUCCUCUCUCUCUUCUCCUUGACCUGCUGGAUCAUGUCCUCCAUCCUGCCCUGUGCAAGGCAGGGCUUGUCAUGGGACAGCAGAGGAGACCCAGGGAAAGGCACUCUCCUCUCAUGUUCUCACUUCCCUUCUGUCACAGAAGAAGCAGUAUUUGAACUCUAAUUUAAGGAUUUCUCCAUGUAAUCCUACCAGUGCCAAACUGGAAUCUCCAGGACCUGCCCAAUUCUUUCUUAAAAACAUAGGCCAUUUUCUCCCUGCUUUCUCCAAGCAUAAUGACUUGAAGACCAGGCCCAGUUUUUUUGCCACCAGGCCUCCUUAAAACCAUUCCAGAUGGAAAGUGGGAAUUCUUCUUCAUCCCAAAACACAGGAGCAUCUCUAUUUAUUUGAUGGAUUUUUUUUGCCUUUUAGGGGAAAAGAAAAAAAAAAUCCUGCUGACGCAUCUUGAUGGAAGGCACGAUGGCUUGUUCGUAGUCGUGAUUCUGACAAGGACAGUGAACAGCCUUCUCUUUAUAGUUAUUGAGCCCUCCUCAGCCUGGGACUGGAAGCUGCUUUGGAGGUGAGGAAACCCUCUGGAGCCCCCAGCACCUGGAACAGGCUCUGGCACUGCACAGGGGUUGAUGCCAGAGGGAUCCUAGUGCGGUAGAGCCUGAAGUUCUCAGAUGCAAGCUCCAUGGCCUCUCCUGCCACUCGCUGAUGAAGAAGUGAUGCUGUUCCCCCGGGGAGGUGGCAGGAGGGAUAGCUACUUUGGACUUUGUGUACACUGCUGGGACUGGGAGGGGGGGGCAAACAAAAUGCACAGGGUACGCCGGCCACCGGCAUAACGCACAGAUGUGAGAUGGCUGAGCAGGAGAGAAGUGGUGUUACUCUCUGAGGGCACAGAGCAACUUGGAGAGGGUUUCUCUGCUCAUUGCUCAGCCUAUUCAACCUUCACUUGGCCGGGGGGGGUGGGGUGAGGGGUGCGAGUGUUGAGUGUGUAUUUGUGUGUGUGUGUGAGACUACAUGUAGCCAGGGCUUGUGCAGGUGGACCAUGACAUGUUAGUGUCUGCACUCAAAUCUGCCAGUGCCUGAUCUAAAACCUCUCAAUGCUGCUCCCUGCUGAAGUUGGUGAGGGGAUCUGCUGCUGGGGGAUUUUGGUUUAGACCUUCCCUGGCUUUCACUGCAAGUUUCUUCCUGUGUGCAGGCUGCAGAUGCUUACUUAAUCUCCCAGGGGAGUGAGGGGCCAGUCCUGGGAGAUGCUGAGUGUCUGUGACACUGCUAUGUCUAGCACUGUGUCACCUGGGCUUCCAAACUUGGAGGAGACUCAUUAGGCUGUGUCUCUCCCUCCAGUGUAGCCCCCAUGCUGGGCACCCACCUGUCAGGGCUUUCUCAGCCUGCAGAUGGAGGAAGCAGGGUACCAUAGCACAGCCGCAAGCAGGUCAGAAGGGGAGGUCUUUGAAGCAGGACUUGACUGUGCUCCCAUAGCUCUGUGUGUGUGUGUGUGUGUGUGUGUGUGUGUCUCUGCCUAUAUGGGUUGGUAUUUCCCAUGCAGGAGAGUGAUUCCUGGGUGUUGAUCUGGUUUAGCUACCUCACGGUGCGAGCUGGGUGCUGUCAUUGUUGGGUCUGGUUUGGGGGAUGGGAUGGGGUGGGGUGGGGUGUUGUGUUCUGUUUUUUUAUUAUUAUUGUUGUUGUUGUUGUUAUGAUUUUGACACUUGAAUUUGUCCUGGGGACACAUGGCCUCACUCACACCUUGCUGCAUCUCUGAGCCGCCCCUCGCCUCUCCCUCCCUGCCUCCCAACAGACAGCAUGGCGGGGCAAUGCAACCUGCUCUCCAGAGCAGCCCUCUCUCACCUUUACAGUGGGAGCCCCAGCUGAGUUGCAACACAGUGAUUUUGAUCCCAUUGCUGGUGGGAUGCUCAGACCAGGGUUCUGCAUUGUUGCUGUUGGUUAUUGUGCUGAUUUGCAGCCUGGAAGUGGUUCUUCUUGUCCCUUUGAAAGAUGGAAAGGGACCUCUGUGAGGCUCAUCUCAGCCUGUAAUCUUGCCUCUGCAGAUUGCUGGUGGCUGCAAUGAAGCAAUUCUUGUCUGUGAAAUACCAGGCAAAGCACACAGUUUGAAUGGGCCGGUCUAAGCCCAAAUUUUCCAGAGCCAGUUGUGAUUUGGUAGCAGUCUGGAGCAGCAGGGAACUGGUGCUGUAAAAACCUCUGCCUGGGUUGAGUUGGCCUGUAAGAGAAGCUGAUUCUUGCAUGUCACAUUUGAUUUCCAUGCCCAAAAGAUAUCUGAAUCCAGAUCCUCUCCUAGGCAUUGAACAUCAAUCAGGAAAAACCUGGAGCCCUGCUGGUCAUCCCCACUCUCCUCUCGUGGCUCAAGAGGAAGCACAGGGCCAGUCCCCCACUCUCACAGCACAAUGGGGUUUGGGAAGGGGGAUCAUAGCUCUGAGCCACACAAUUGGGGGAAUCAGGUUCCUCCAAACACUGAAGCACAAGGUCCCACCAUGCACAGGGUCUAACAAAUGUGGCCCCUUGGACUGUGGUCCUUCACCUCCUCUCUUCACCGCUUGCCCCACAGCUUCUGCCUGUGCACAAAAUCACAGCACAUGCCAACAGGCCCCAGAGCUGCACUUGCCCAAUUUUUCCUCUUUUCUAAGUCUGAGAGGACAUUGCCUGCAGGCUAAGGCUGGGGACAUGGGCUCAGAUACCCAGAGGUGGAAGUUGGGGAUGUGAGAGAAGGUGAGGAGUGUUUGCCUGCUGAGGGAAGCAGGUGAGGUGUUUCAUGCUUUCACUCUGAACUGGGUUGUUCCCUCAGGGCUCAGAGGUUGUGCUGUUGAGGAACUUAAGCCCUUCCUUGUGAUCUCUGAGCCUCUCUGCCAACCCCUCCAUUGUAGGGAAGGUUUGGAGCUGCCUUCACUCAUUUUGCUUCUUCCUGGGUGCCUUGGUUCGUGCCGAGGAUGCAAUGAUUUCUGCUGUCCCAGGAUGUCCUUCUCUUGGUGGGAAGGACACAUUUGCUGUGUGACACAUUGGUCAUGGGCUCUCUCACUCCGUGGGUCUUUUCCCUUCAGGACACAAUGGCCUGCUCCAUCUCUUGCCUGUGGUUUUGUGCUGGCCCAGGGCUGAGCUUUGCACAAAAGGGAUGGAGAUGACUCAGGAGCCCAAAAGCCCUGGGCCCCCAAACCACUGUGAGCCUACCCAGGGAGCCUAGGCAUUGCCCUCCUUCCCUGCAUGCACAGGUUUUAUGGCACAAAAGGGCAGGCCAGAUAGCAUCUCCAAGUUUAGCCAGCCGCAAGGAGUUGGAGCAUGAGGGUCUUGCCUCCCCCGGGUGUAUUGCCUCCCCCGGGUGUAUUGUCUCCCCCAGCACCUCUAAGCACAGCUGCUGCUGUGGGAUUUUAGUUGCUGUCCUCUGGCCUUGGCUCUGCAGGGCCAGUGCUGCUCCCAUGGUGCCCUCCCUGUGCCCCUCUCCUGGUCCUCCCCCAUCCUAUGCUAGAUGGGGUCCAGGUACAACUCCUGCUGAGCACAGGGCUCAGACCUGCUUUUCAGCACACUCACUGCUUUGCACUGUCCUGCAGGUGACAUUCCCUCUGUGCACCCCUUCCACCGUCCAGAGGAGGAGGGGGGUUCCAAUGACCCUGGUUCCUUUGCACCCUGGUGCAGAUGUCCAGCUGUAACUGACAGGGAGCCCAGCACAGUCCUGCCCCCCCAGGCCCAGUCCUGACUUUCCCGGGGUUUCAUCCUCAGAGAAGUAUAGCCGUAUGCCUUCAUCCUUCCCCGGGGGCUCAUCCCCCACUCAUAACAGCUCUGGUCCCCAUGCACAUCCCUCGUGGUACCUGCCCAGUUGCUCCCACAUCCUGAGACCAACCUUAAGUCCAAGCCAGCAACAGGGCUUGGGCAGCUGUAGCAUCUCAUUGCCAGCUCCAGGACCUCUUCUUGCUGCACAAGUAUCGCAAAUAGCAGGUGCCUUUUCUUGCUCGGAGCUGUUUUAUAGAGGCCAACUGUAAUGAAGGCUUUUUUCUCUGCCGGGUUGUGCAGCCCAGCCCAGUGGUCUGGGUUUGUUCAUAGGACAAGGCAUGUACAUGUAUUUUAUACCUCGGUGUGUUCCUGUAAAUAGUGUAAGUUAUUUCAGCUUCAUGAUGUACAUGUUUUUUUCCAAUGGAUGUGUUUGUUCCUUGCCUUUUUGUCUUCACCAAUAAAAUGUAUUGAAAUGAAA